UAGUUGUAGUUUCCGGGUCACCUUCAAAGGUAGCCCCACACAGAGCGCACUGCAGUAGUCCAAGCGGGAGAUAACCAGAGCACGCACCACUCUGGCGAGAGUGGUUAGAUUUGAGUGAACGAGAGAGAAAAGUUAUAGUUUGCCCACAUUCCCGACUUCUGGGCAAUGAAUUUCUUCUCCCACCCAGAAAAUGCCAACAGCAGGUAUUCAACAGAUGCAGCAUUUUCCAGCAUGGUGACUCAACGGGCAGAGGCCUUGCUUGUGGUUGAACGGCUGCCUGGCAUGCAAGUGUUAAAUGCACACGAGCCUUGCCCAGAAGUGGCCGCCUUCAAGUACCUCCAUUCCUGAAACGCUAGGCUAUUUUCUUUUGAAGUCUGGUUGGCAUGAGCUGGAGCUUUGUUCUCUUGCGACAUUUUGCCCUGUCACGAAGAAAAGUCUUUUGUGCAGAGGAGUGGGAGCCCUUAAUGCUCUUAAUCUGGGUCAGACUUUGGACUGGUCUCUCAGGUUUAUUUUUAAACCAGGGAUUAAUGACGCUUCCUCGUUCACCGACCAAAGGUUUUUCCUCUCUCCCACCCCCCGCACCUGCCCCACCUUCUUCCAACUGCACCGAGUCUUCUGAGAGGGGUGAGAACGGACUGAGGAGAAAUGGUUGGCAAAGAAGACCGGGCCGUCUCUCUCGAGCUGGGCCAGAAUGAAGGCAUCGAGAACAACGGGUUUGUUCAAAGCGAGGAGCUGGAGGGAAAGGAGGCCGAUGCUACAAGCCAAGAUGGGUUGCCAAAAACAUGUACUCUUUUCACAGAGUCUGAAACGGCGGAAAAGUUACCAGUGAGGCCUUACGCGGGGAUGCCCAAAGAAGUGCUCCUCCAGUUCUCAUCUCAAGCACGCUAUAAAAUUACCAGAGAAAUACUCUUCUGGUUGAUCAUUGCAUCCUCGCUGCUGCUUGUGGCAGCUACGAUUGCCAUUAUUGCCCUGUCCCCCAAAUGCCUUGGCUGGUGGCAAGCCAGCCCCAUCUACCAAAUUUACCCUCAGUCGUUUAAGGACACCGACGGCGAUGGGAAUGGUGAUCUCAAAGGUAUCCAAGAAAAGCUGGAUCACAUCCAGUAUCUAAAUGUAAAAACAAUCUGGAUCACAUCUGUUUACAAGUCUGCCUUACAAGAUUUGGGAUAUGGCAUAGAAGACUUUCGAGACAUAGACCCGAUGUUUGGAAACAUGAAGGAUUUUGAAAACCUGGUUGCAGCGAUACACGAUAAAGGUUUGAAAGUGAUAAUGGAUCUAAUACCUAACCACACAAGUGACAAGCACAGCUGGUUUCAGCUUAGUCGCAAUCGGACUGAAAAAUACGUGGAUUAUUACAUCUGGCAUAACUGCACAUAUACCAAUGGGACCACCAAACCACCGAAUAAUUGGGUGAGCGUGUUGGGGAACUCCAGUUGGCAGUACGACGAAGUGAGAAACCAGUGUUACUUCCACCAGUUUGGAAAAGAGCAGCCGGAUUUAAAUUUCCGUAACCCAGAUGUUGAAGAAGAAAUUCAUGAGGUUAUCAGAUUUUGGCUCAGCAAAGGCGUCGAUGGGUUUAGCAUUAGUACGGUCAAAUUCCUGUUGGAAGCAACGCAUCUGAGAGAUGAGCCGCAAGUCAAUAAAUCCCAAAAUCCGGACACUAUCACAGCCUAUUCUGAACUGUAUCACGACUACACCACCACCCAGGUUGGCAUGCAUGAUAUUGUCCGCAGUUUUCGGCACACCAUGGAUAAGUUCAGCAGUGAGCCUGGAAGAUACAGAUUUAUGGGCACGGAGGCAAAUGACCAUGAUGACGUUGAGAGAACCAUGAUGUAUUAUGGGACACCUUUCAUUCAAGAAGCAGAUUUCCCUUUCAACUUCUACCUCAUGAACAUGCAAGAAAUAUCAGGAAAUGGCAUUUUUGAAAUUGUGUCUUUGUGGAUGAAGAAUAUGCCGGAAGGCAAAUGGCCGAACUGGGCGGCUGGAAACCCCAACAGUGCUCGGAUUUCCUCUCGGAUUGGGAAGGAAUACAUAAAUGUCAUCAACAUGCUUCUUUUAACUCUUCCUGGAACACCUACAACCUAUUACGGUGAAGAAAUUGGAAUGGAAGAUACCACAUCAGAAAAUGCAACCUUUCCAGAAAAAUCACCCAUGCAGUGGGAUGAUACUCUUAAUGCUGGCUUUAGUGAAGCCAACUCAAUCUGGAUACCUGUAAAUCCCGACUAUCCAAAUAUAAAUGUGAAGGAGCAAGAGUCUCAACAGAAUUCUACACUCAGCUUGUAUCGAGAGCUCAGUUCCAUUCGUGCCAACGAGCUCCCCAUUUUUAGAGGAUGGAUGUGUUACGUUUGGAAUGACCGCGACGUCUUUGCAUAUGUGAGGGAACUGGAUGGGUUAGAUCAAGUGUUUAUGGUGGUCCUAAAUUUUGGACUACAGACCGUAACAGAUCUGCAGGGUUCGGUUCCUGGUAUUCCCUCCGAAGCUACUGUAAAGCUAAGCACAAAUGUUGUCAACAGUGGCAAAGUAGUAAAUACCAAAGCAGUUGCAACUGAAAAGGGAGAAGGACUCAUUUUGGAAUACUGGACAAGCGAACCCGUCCACCAGAUGGAAGCUUUCAAAGAGAAGUGUUUUGUUGCAGAAAAGGCAUGCUAUUCAAGCGCCUUCAAUUUACUCUAUGCGUAUUGCUAAGUGGCAAUGGUUUGUUCCAAAUCGAUGAGUUGUAAUUUCUUUACAAAAGGGGCAGCAGCUUUGAAGGACCAAAUUUGAAUGCUGUGUUUAGAUAGCUUUUGGGUGUGUAUGUGUAUGUAUUUUUAAUUACUUGUUACUUGUUUGCCAGCUGUCCAAAAAUGGAAAACUUUACAGAAUUUGGAACCUUGCACUUUGGCACAAAAAUGUUUGGAAUGCUGCUAUAUCUGAAAAGCUCACUUGUCCAUUUUGAGCACCACAGGGUACAGCUAAACAUGAUGCUUUUCAUGCUAUUUGGUGAAAUUACAUUAUAUACAUUAAUACGCACCACUUGCAGCGACACUUGGAGGCCUCCCUUGAGAUUUGGAACUCUCAAAAUGACCUUUUUAUGUUGUAUUGGAUUGUAUUGUACCAUCCAUGCUCCCUUUUCUUGACAGUUGUAUUGCGUUUCUCGGUUUUUUAUUUUUCUACCCUAGGUUCUAUACUUAGACUUUAAAAAGCCAAUAAAAAUGACUAAAGCAAAAGUAAAAACAA